AAUAGAAAUAGUGAGACUUGAAAAUAAUAAUGAUGACGAAGCCAACUACUCUUGCUUUCCUCUCCCUUCUCUUCUUCGUUUUGUUUGUUGCUGCUGUGGAAUCAAGAAAAGAGCCAGGAAUGGUAGAAGGAUUUCAAAGCCUUCUCCAAGUGAAGGUUGAGAAUAAGCCAAAUAGUCAAGAGAUAUUACUUGAUGAAGGUCCUAAUAAUAAGCAGAAAUGUGAAGAGAAGAAAGUGAUGAUUAUGGAAAAAGAGAUGAUUCUAGAAGAUUUUGAACCAAGUUCAAGUAUUACAACCAACAACAAUGACAAUAUUCAUUUCAAGUUGAAGAACAUUGAAUUUGAGCCAAGACCAAGUGCCACUGCUUACAACAAUGAUAAUAUUCAUGCAACGCUGAAGAACAGUGAAUUUGAGCCAAAGACCAAGUAUAACUGCUUACAACAAUGAUAACAUUCAUGCCAUGCUGAAGAAUAGUGAAUUUGAGCCAAGACCAAGUGCUACUGCUUACAACAAUGAUAAUAUUCGUGCCAUACUGAAGAACAGUGAAUUUGAACCAAGACCAAGUGCUACUGCUUACAACAAUGAUAAUAUUCAUACCAUGCUGAAAAACAAAAAACCAAGACCAAGUGCUACCGCAUACAAUAACGAAUUUGAACCCAUUCAAAG